CUUCACUAUAACCUGGCCCAAUGUUCCACAUCUAUGAAAUACAAUCAAAGCAGAACAAUGACUCCAGUGACAGCACAUCACCCAUCCAAUAGCCGUCACACAUGACCACAUCGGAUUCACGUCGAUAGUCCCACAUGUCCUGUAUAAAAUGAUCCUCCUUUCCACCACCCCAUCCUUUCUCAUGCUAACCCACUCAUAGCCCUUUCCCUCCAGUCCUCUACCUAAGAACCAACACAUCCAUCCCAUUUACUCUCAUCAUCACUCAAAAUGUUCACCUUCAGGAACAUCUUCGUCCUCUUCGCCCUUUUGGGUCUGUUCAUUCAGGCCGGACUGGCCACUCCCCUUGACACCUCCAACGCAGUCGCCAACGUUGAAAACACCGUCACUGACAACGCUGCCACUGCACCCGUCGACACCUUCAAUGAGACUGCUGACGAUCUCGACGACAAUGAUGUGUCCUUGCCCAUCACUGACGAGCUCGAUGAUGCCUUGAAACCUGUAAGCGUAUCCAGCUGAUCAAUGAAUCAAUGCUAAGAGAGUAAAUCAAACAGAAAACCUGCAGCGGUAUGUGCGAUGAUGCACAUAUGUGCUGGUGCAAGCGCGGUGGACACACGCGUUGCCCUUGUGUGCACCCUGGAUUGAAGUGCAAGUGCAAGG